AUGACAGCCAAUAAUGCAGACAUGAAGGUAGCUGAUCUUAUAGACAAUGUUACUGGCAGCUGGAACAAUGAUUUAAUUCAACAAAUUUUCUGCCCAAGGGAUGUGCUGGAAAUUACCAAGAUUCCUCUCAAAUUGAUGCAAAAUGAUGACGUACCGAUAUGGAAGUGUUGUCACAAUGGCAAUUACUCUGUCCGGUCUGCAUAUUACCAUCUUGUGGAAGUGGUGAUUGACAAUAACCAUCUCAAAGUAGAAGGAAAUUGGAACAAGCUUUGGAAAUUAAUGGUUCCAAACAAAGUUAAAAUCUUUCUUUGGAGGGUCCUUCGAGGUUGUAUGGCAUCACAAGAAGUGUGGCAGGAAACUGACUGUUGGCAAGCAAUGACUAAGCACAACACUCAUGCUAUAAGUUUUGUGUCUAUGAUGUUCAAUAUGAUAGAUGAACUUGAUAAUAAUAGCAUGUCAACAGUGGCUAUGGUUUUAUGGUCCUUGUGGUGGCGACGAAAUCAAAAAUGCUGGAACGAAUUUGCAGGAUUGGAAGCAAGCACGGUGCCCUGUUAUGCUCGCACACGAACAGAAACAACACCAGACCUGUUAUCAUGGAGUAAACCACCGAGAGGAUCACUCAAAUGCAAUAUCGACGCUGCGUGCUACACUAAACGGAAUAUCUAUUGCGUUGGAGCAUGUAUUCGUGAUGAAAAUGGAAGAUUUGUGAAAGCUUUCGCGAAAUGUUUUGAAGGAAAACCAGAAAUAUAUGAAGCUGAAGCUAAAGCUAUUGGUCUAUUAGAAUGCUUGACAUGGUUGAACAGUAUGUAG